GAGGCGGGACUUUCCCGGCCACCGCCAGGGGGCGGGGCCUCGGAUCCGAAGGGUGGGCUUUGGAGGGCCCUGAGGAGCUGCUUCCUGGUCGCCUGGAUUCCUCGGCUUCCGUCUUAGCUCAAACCCUGGCCGGGCCGGCCCCGGGGUCGCCAUGGAGUCCACGCUGGGCGCCGGCAUCGCGAUGGCCGAGGCGCUGCAGAACCAGCUGCCCUGGUUGGAGAACGUGUGGCUCUGGGUCACCUUUCUGGGCGACCCCAAGAGCCUUUUUCUGUUCUACUUCCCCGUGGCCUACUACGUCUCUCGCCGGGUGGGCAUCGCGGUGCUCUGGAUCAGCCUCAUCACCGAGUGGCUCAACCUCGUCUUCAAGUGGUUUCUGUUUGGAGACAGGCCCUUUUGGUGGGUCCAUGAGUCUGGGUACUACAGCCAGGCUCCAGCCCAGGUUCACCAGUUCCCCUCGUCUUGUGAAACUGGUCCAGGGGAUUCAAUCACCAGGGGCACCUGGGUUCCACCCUCAUCCUCUCACCACAAGCUUCUGAAUCCCCUGGCAGGCAGCCCUUCCGGACACUGUAUGAUCACAGGAGCAGCCCUUUGGCCCAUAAUGACGGCCAUCUCUUCCCAAGUGGCCACUCGGACCCACAGCCGCUGGGUGAGGGUGAUACCUAGCUUGGCUUAUUGCACCUUCCUGCUGGCGGUCGGCUUGUCCCGGGUCUUCCUCUUAGCACAUUUCCCUCACCAGGUGUUGGCUGGCUUAAUAACUGGUGCUGUCCUGGGCUGGCUGAUGACCCCCCGGGUGCCCACGGAGCGGGAGCUAAGCUUCUACGGGUUGACCUCACUGGCCCUCUUGCUGGGUGCGAGCCUCAUCUAUUGGACCCUCUUUACACUGGGCCUGGAUCUUUCUUGGUCCAUCAACCUAGCCUCUAAGUGGUGUGAGCGGCCUGAGUGGGUGCACUUGGACAGCCGGCCCUUUGCCUCUCUGAGCCGUGACUCAGGGGCCGCCCUGGGUCUGGGCAUCGCCCUUCACUCCCCCUGCUAUGCCCAGGUGCGGCGGGCAUACCUGGGACACGGCCAGAAGCUAGCCUGCCUUGUGUUGGCCAUGGGGCUGCUGGGCCCCCUGGACUGGCUGGGCUACCCCCCUCAGAUCAGCCUUUUCUACAUCUUCAAUUUCCUCAAGCACACCCUCUGGCCAUGCCUGGUCCUGGCCCUCGUGCCCUGGCUGGUGUACACAUUCAGUGCCCAGGAGGCACCACCCAUCCGCUCUUCCUGACUCUAGGUGCCUCCUACUGCCACUUUCCCUCUCACAAAGCCCACACUCCGUGACCUCCACACUCUGGGGAGGCAGCCCUGUCCCCUUCCAGCCCCCAACAGGCCCUGCUCAUGGUGAAUUUUCUACUUCUCCCACCACCUGGUCUCAGCCCCAAAGAAGGGCCUUCUCUCUCCCAGGAAGGCUGGUCCUCCUCCUGCCUUCCCUCCCAAGUCCCCAAAGGGCAAAGGCAACAGCGAGACCAGUGGGUUCCUGUAACACUGUGAGGGGCUCAGAGCAGCCCCAAUAAAGCCCUUCCACACCUCUGGA